AUGAGUUCCCCGCCUGCCAUCGACGAAAAACCGGUAAUUUUAUUGAAAAUAAUGUGCAAAAACCAAAAAAAAAUUCCAGACAAGUCCAGAAUCGUCAGAGCAGCUUGAAAAAGUUGAAAAAGCUGAAAAAGUACGUGAGCCAACUUAUUCAACUCCUAAAACCAACCGAAUUUUCUUUUUUCAGCGUAAAAAUCGGGAAAGCCCGGAAAAAUCGGAUUCUUCCGGCUCCAAACGCAAAAAGUACGAGGACCCGAACAAGAAAGUGGAUCCGCUGGACGAAUUGCCAAUGAGAGUGCCUUUUAAAAUUGUCGACGGUUGGUUUUAGCGAUAGUUCAUUGAAACAUGAGAAAAUCAUAAUUUCUGCAUUUUUUCGGAGAAUUUUCACAAAUUUUACAGGUAUUCGACACCUCUCGCCGUACUGGGCGUGUUAUCGAACUCGGACGAAAGGCCGAUGGAUCGGACGGAAUUUAGUCGAAGUUUUCAGUGGCGAAUUCCUUUCGGCCAACAAAAAUUAUGCGGUAAGUCCUAAAAAGCGCGUAGCAAAUGUUUUUCGGUAAACAUUAGGGCCAAAUGUUCGCAGUGAGCCCAAUAAAUAAAAAAUGCAAAAGCACUUGAAAAUUGGCGUGAAAACACUCGAAAAAAAGUGAAUUUUGCGGUUCUUCCGCGCCAAAAAAAUGUUUUCGAAAUCCGACGCACGCCGACGGAGAGCUACCAUAUAAUUAUUGACAUUUCUGGCGCUUUUCAGGGCGAAAUCGAUUGAAAGUGGCUCUUUCUCCGGAAAGAAUGCAAGGGGCUUUUUGACGCCACUUCCAAUAUUCUGAUCGGACUUAAACUUUGCAGGCUUCUUAGAAUUGGAUGGAAGUAUACUGGGUACAAGUUUCAGACCCAUCUGAUCAUCUGGUCCCUAGAUAUACUGCUUUGAAUUGCUCUGAUCCACAUAUCUCAGGACCAGAUGAUCCGAUCGGCCUGAAACUUAAACCUAAUAUACUUCAAUCCACGUCCAAGAAUCCUGCAAUGCUUGGGUCUGAUCGAAUUCUUGUAAAUGGGCCAAAAGUCGAAAAAAUCUAGAAAGAUCCAGACUUUUUCUCCGCAAAAAACACUGACUCAUUUUUCCGAGACGGAUCACACAAAAAUGAUGUUCGACAGGCGGGCCUAAGUGAAGGAUUCGCCGCCGGCAAAAUACGGCGAAUAAUCGAAUUUCUUUCUCUUUUUUAGUAGCAUCGAAAACACACAUUAAAAGUGACGAAAAUCAAGGGAUUUUCGCGCUCUUCUCCGCCUAGAGCGAUGCGACCAUUUUUUGCCGAUUUUUCGAGGGAUUUCCGAUGGAGAAUGAGCUGAAAGUUCGAAAAAUUGGACCAAAUUGCAAAAAGGGCUCAAAAGUGCGGUGAUGCGAGCAAUAAUUAGCUCACUUCUUGGGAAACUUUUAUGCAAAUGUUUAGAAGCGAAAAUGGAGAUUUCUCGCUUUUUUUUUAUAAAUGAGAUCACAAAAAAAGAGCGGGACUUGGAAAAAAAAGUGCGUUUCCCGCUGACUCAUUCUCACUUUUUCCGGCUUCAAAAAGUGGGCGGGGCCUAUUUUAAAAUAAUGAUCAUUGAGAAAAAAAAGAGCCACAAAGCCCCCCUUCUUCACAUUUUCUCCCAUUUUCGAUCACAAAUUCACAAAAAGAAGGGCGGCGCCGCGAAAUUGGAGACGGACGACGGACACACCAGAAAGUCGCAAUUUUAGGGGUGAAAAUGAUGUGAAAAACAGGCAGAAUUCGAAAUUCGAAAAGCAACGCGUGUUUUCGGAUCGGUUUUUAUGAGAGCACACUCGAGAACAUUGUGGCAAAUACAGAAUCGAAAGUCUUGAAAUUUCGGCUCAAAAUCCAAGACGUCAUCGAGAAAAAAAAACGUAUUUUCUUCGCUCGAUGUGACGUCUAUUUUCCACGCCCAGUCUUUCAAUAUGGGAACCCCCCACAGGAAAUUCAAUUUUUCGCCUCGUUUUCAUUCAACUUUCGGUUUUUGCACCCCUCUGUUUUUCGAGGAAUUGUGUCUGGACCGGGCUUUCGAUUUUUGACCCAUUUGCCAUGAUCCGAUCGGGACCAAACUGUGCAGCCUUCUUGGAAUUGGAUGGAAGUAUAUUGGGUCCAAGUUUCAGACCCAUCUGAUCAUCUGGUCCCAAGAUAUACUGCUUUGAAUUGCUCUGAUCCACAUAUCUCGGGACCAGAUGAUCCGAUCGGUCUGAAAUUUAAACCUAAUAUACUUCAAUCCAAGUCCGAGAAUCCUGCAAUGUUUGGGUCUGAUCGAAUUCUUGUAAGUGGGUCAAAAGUGCAAAAGUCUGGGCCGGCCCUAAAAAACGGGCGAAAGAAAGUAGACAAGUACUCGAAGAAGCGGAGAAAUUGAGGAGAUUUUGAGUGGCUUUCGAGUUAUAUACGGAUGUUUUUCCCACAAUUUUUCGAUUAGAUGAUACUCGAAAAAUUGGGGAUUUUUGAGGAAAAUCGAGAAAGAGUUGAGCCACAAAACACACACAAUUUCAACGGUGUAAAAGUCCAUUAAAACGCCCACGGGUCGGGAUUACGGUAGCUGACGUGGCUAAUCGAAAUGAGCCCACUAACACCCCGCUUUUCCCAUUAAAACGGACACGAAAAUUGGGCGCCGCAGCUCAUUAGCAACGAUGGGCGCGAAACGGGAAGUGCGAAAAAGUUAUGCGUUUUUUUUGUGGAUUGCUUUACGAAACUAGGGAUUUUCGCAGGUUUUGGGCGAGUUUCCUAUGCCGAUUCUCCUGGAAUUGAAUUCUACGCGAAAUUUGAGACUGGAAUUGUGAUUUUUGCGCAAUUCUAACAAAAUUGAACCUAUGGAGCAGUGUGAACGCUGGCAAACUGAAGGCCGGGGUUCGAGUCCAGCCGGUGGCAAAACUCUUUUGAAAAGCCAAAACCACGUGAAAAUGUGAUAUUCCAUCAUUUUCAACGGGAAAAUUGUCAAAAUUCACGAGCAACCCAUAAUUAUCGCGGCGGACUAAUUGAGUUUAUGCAAAUUCGCGUCUUCCUCAUUUCCUGGAAAUACUCUCGCAACUCAACCGAUAUCUAUAUAAUCUAUGAGCCCGGAGCGGCGGAAAAUGUAGGGGAAAAAAGGAGCGAGAAAUUCGCGAAAGUUUUGCCUCGUUUUUGGGGACAAGUGCCAUCAAAAAAUGGGCGACGCGCGAACCUGACGAAAAUUGGGUUGGGUGUCACGCGAAAACGGAUGAUUUACGCGGACCCUUCGCCCGUCAAUUUUGGUGUUUUUAUCAGGUUUUUAGGGCCAAAAGCUGAAUAGUUGCAUGAUAUCCGGCGAUGAACGAGGACGAAGAUGGAGUGCAGUUUGCCGCAUAUCUGACAUCAAAUUUGGGGGGAUGGGAAUUUUUGGAUCGGAAAAGUGGUUUCUGCAUUCGUUCCAACAGAAACGUGUAGAAAAUCGAUUUUCAAUAAGCCAGACUUGACAAAAAUUGUCCGACAAGCAAGUGUUUUCUCGUUUUUGUAGAAAUCAUGCAAAUUUUGGCAAUCCUUCACUAAAAGUUGAUUUUUGAGGUCCACUCUUUGGCCGCAGAAUGAUUAGAUCGAAAAGUUUCACGCCGUUUAAGACGUCAAACAUCGAAUUUCGCUAAUUUAGGAAUUGGACAAAAAAGGCACAAACACUCGCAUUCUUCUCUACAAAAAAAAGCGUCAGAACGCAUUCUGAUUGAAUUUCGGGAAAAAAGCAGCACGAUGAAGAACGUCGCUUUUUUGCUCGUCUUUUCCAGGGGGUAGGUAGAUCAAGAAUUGCUCGAAAGUUUUGGCAUUUGUUUACCCGCGGCCAAAUGAUACUUUUGUGUGCGGUGGCCGUGCCAAUUUCCCGUCGCGAAGAAGCCCGUUUCCCCGAGAGUUUUCCGAUUUUUUUGCUCCAGACAUUUCAAGGAGCACUAGUGAAAGGUUGGGAGGGAUUUUCUUGCAAAAGUAUGGGGAAAAUGAUUUCAAAUUGUCUAGACCGGCCUUUUUUGCCCAGCCCUGUCAAAUUCAAAAAAAAAAAGCGAACUUUUUCAAGUGAAAACACCUCGAAAAUGGAGUCAAAAACUUUAUCUGCAAAAAGGUGAUAUUUGUGAUGAGCUGCCGAUGUGUGUCCUCCGAAACGCCCACACAGCGCCAGAUGUGUCGCCGAAAACUUGCACUUUUAAUGCGUUCCGUCAAAAAUUACUCAUCUUCCAGAAAGUCGCCUGCAAAAUGGGUCGUAUUUACGUGAACGGCGUCCAAAUGACCGACACGGAGUACGUGAUGAAAAACGGCGACCGCCUCGAGCACUGGGCUCAUCGGCACGAGCAUCCGGUACGUUUUUGAGGCACAUUUUUGAUGAGCAUCGAAAAAAGGCUUUGCAGGCUUCUUGCACUUGAACUGAAGUAGAUUGGGUCCUAGUUUCAGAUAGAUCCGAUCGUCCGGUCCCAAGAUAUACGUAUUUUGCGAGAAUUGCGGUCUUAUGGCCUCCGAUCCACAUAUCUCGGGACCAAAUGAUCCGAUCGAUCUGAAACUUGGACCCAACAUACAUCCAUUCAAGUCCAAGAAGCCUGCAAAGUUUCGGUCCGAUCGGAGUCAAAUUUCUGUCGAUUCACCUUCUGUUUCCGCAAAACAUCCGAAUGAACAUCGUAGGCUGCCUAAAAUUGGAAAUUAAUUAUUGCAAGUUCUCGAUUUACCUGUGUUUGUAGUAAAAACCCAAAUAAAUAUUGUAGGUGCGCGACCUGCCGAUCCGGAUAAUCAGCGAAACGGACGACUUGUUGGUCGUCGAAAAGCCGCCGUCGCUUCCGGUUCACACCUGCGGCCAGUACGCGAUUCACACGGUUUUGGGACAAUUACGAGUGAAUGAGGGACGGAAUGGACUCAGGGGUACAGUCGAGUCAUGGGGAAUUUUUUGGGACAAUUUUGGAGCGAUUUUCGAUGAGCAUAGAGUUUUUAUUGCUGUUUUUAUGGAAACUGGGGUGUAUUCGUUGAGCAAUUACACUUUUUUUGCUGGAAAAAACCGAAAAAAGAAGACAAAAAACGGACCAUCAUCGAGACAAAAUAACAAACAACGAGGAGAAUCUCGGGACCGAAUUAUUCGAUCGGCCUGAAACUUGGACCCAGUGUACUUCAGUCAAAGUCCAAGAAAUCUGCAAUGUUUGGUCCCGAUCGGAUCAUUGCAAGUGGAUCAAAAGCCCUCGAAAAUGGCCGACCAGAAAUCAUUCUUUGAAAUACUAGUACUAGGCCGAAAUUCUGAGAAAAAAACAUCGCUAUUCCCAAAAUCUCAGAGAUCACGCGAAUUUCUAAAAAAAAAACUGUUUACUUUUCAUAUUGCAGUACUGCACCGCCUCGAUCGUGCCACUUCGGGCGUUCUUCUGUUCGCCAAAAACUACGAAACCGAUUUGGAAUUCAAGAGAACGCUGAAAAAAGGCGAAUGGAGCAAAGAGUACAUUUGCAAAGUCGACGGAGUCUUUCCCGAGUGAGCACACUCACUUCUUUUCGCUCCCCGACGUUUCGCAACCGCGACAUUUCGCUGCCAAAGUUCACGUGGCGGUUGCGAAAUGUCGGUGACCCACUUUUUAAGGAGAAAUAUCUGAAAAAUCGUAUUCUUUAAAUUUACAGCGACGAAAUAAUUUGCGAGCAACCGAUCGGUCCCCUGGUCAUUUCGAUGGGUAUUCAGUGCGUUCGAAACGAUGGAAAAGACGCGAAAUCGAGAUUUAGGUGAGUUUGUCGAAAAGUCGUACAAGUUUGAACAAUUCCUGGGUUUUUCAGAAAAUUAUGGUCAGACGGUACUCACUCGGUGGUCCAAGUACACAUUGAAACGGGUCGAACCCAUCAAAUUCGGGUUCAUUCGCAGUUUUUGGGUACGUGUUGAGAACAGCAUUUUGAUUAUUUUGUGCUUUCUGACGGCUUUGGACUUUUGGACGGGGCUACCCGAAAUCCAGGGCUGAGAAAAAGGCCGGCCCAGACUUUUCGAAGGCUUUUUGAGGCCUGGACUUUUGGCCCACUUAUAAUGAUCCGAUCGGAUCCACACUUUGCAGUCUUGUUGGAUUUGGAUUGAAGUGUAUUGGGUCCGAGUUUCGGACCGAUCGGAUCAUCAGGCCCAUAACAUCGCAAUUUUCGCAAAGACCCGACCUCUUCGGCCUUUGAUCCAGAUAUCUCGGGACCAGAUGAUCCGAUCCGUCUGAAACUUGAACCUAUAAUACUUCAAUCCAAGUCCAAGAAGCCUGCGAAGUGUGGUCCCGAUCGUGUCAUGGCAAGUGGGUCAAAAAUCCAGGCCGAAAUUUGCCUAGCUCAGCCAACAGCGAUUUUUAAACAUGUUUUUUCUCUAUAAUCUAAAAGAAAUUUAGGCCAUCCGAUCGUCGGGGACCAACUCUACAAUUCAUCGGUGUGGGGACCGACCAAAGGGAGAAAUGCCGAAUAUGGAAAGCCAUUUGAUGAGGUAAAAAACGCUUCAUUCACUUGUUUUGAUAGUCUACUGAAUUUUUAGCUGUGCGAAGACGUCCGCAACACCCACAAAUCGCAGAAUUGGCACGAAGCGCCCAACCCGGAAUACGAACAGAAAAUGGAAAGUUUGGCAUCGAAAAACGACGAGAUUAUCGUCGAACCCGUCGGACUUUUACCCGAAAACCGACCGGAACGCGACGAAAUCUGCCAAAAGUGUAACGUGGAAACGAAAAAAGUGCCCGACGAUCAUUUUCAGCUCUUUUUGCACUGUCUCAAGUACGAAACACCGAAGUGGUGCUUCAAAACCGAACUUCCCGAAUGGGCGGUGCAAAAAUAGCCAUUGUUGUUUUUACUUGA